AUGCGCUUCGCAGCCUUGUCAGCGCUAUGGCUGGCAGCGACAGCCUGGGCUGCUGUCGAGCGCAAUGAUGAUGGCAACGUUCGCAGUAUUCAGCUCCGCACCCAUUCCUUAAAACAACCCUAUCUCGACUCUGAUAUGGCAAGUCGCUGGUACGAUUUUGGCGGAGACACCAUUAUUCGAACUGAUUCAUACAUUCGUCUAUCCUCUGAGCGCCCCUCACAGAACGGAUGGCUAUUCUCGCGAGUACCUUUGACUGCAACAAAUUGGCAAAUCGAGGUUGAAUUCAAGGUUUCAGGGAAAAACACCCUGUUUGGUGAUGGUUUUGCCAUGUGGCUGACCAAGGACCGCGGCGAGGCUGGGCCCGUCUUUGGACACAAAAACUAUUUCGAAGGCCUUGGUAUUUUUAUCGAUACCUACAAAAAUAACCGCCCGGGCACUGUUUUCCCAUACGUGAUGGCCAUGGUUGGUGACGGCAAGACGGCUUACAAUAAGGACAACGACGGGAAAGAUCAGGAACUUGCUGGCUGUUCGGCCCGGGGUCUUCGCAACUCCAAGACCCCAACGAAGUUGCGCCUUACAUACUUCCAGGAUAAAUCACUGAAGCUAGAGCUCAUGUACAAGACGGAAGAUGAAUGGCAGCUGUGCUUCGAGACUAACGAACCACCUACGAUCCCUUCGGUCACGUAUCUCGGGUUUAGCGCUGAGACGGGCGAGCUAAGUGAUAACCACGAUAUCAUUUCUAUCGACGCAAAGAAUCUUUACACCACAGGUGGCUCUUCCAGCAAGCCUAGCACACCUGGCCGUGGCAACAGCUUCAAGCCGACCUCAGGGCAGAGCGGAGGUAGCUGGACUUGGUUCUUCUUCAAGAUAAUUCUCUUCUUCGCAGUGAUUGGUGGCGGAUAUGUCGGGUACACUGCGUACAGGGCAAACAAGAAGAGAACCCACCGAUUCUAA